CUCUCUCUUCAUUUAAUUUCCUUCGAUUUCAAAUGAACCAGUGGUAGUCUUGUGGAUCCGUUUUAGUUUGUUUUGGGUAUUUCAUUUGGUACUGAUUUCUGUCUACCAUUCUGAAAAGAAUUAUGAUCCAAGUUUUUUGCAUUCAAUUCCAUUAUUUCAUAGGACUUUUUUUUCUCCAAUUUACCUUAACCGUUCAUUUCCUUGCCUUUCUAGAAUUCUUUCCAAAAUCACCAUUUUGUGUCUGUGAAAUCCAUAUAAUCUUUUACAGAGUGUUGAGUCUCCAAGAGAAUUAAGUCCCCUUGACAGAUUACUGUUUGAUCCCCCUACGCCGUCUGUUAGUUCUGCUGGGUCGCCUGAAUUAUGUCACACUGGUCCACCUCAAGCUUUUCUAGUAGAGCCGCUUUUUGAUGAUGAUGAUGAUGUUUGGAGAGAUAUGAAGACUGAAGUGCCUGCAACUGUAACCUCUCCAGAGAAAGCAGAAGAAGAUCCACUGAGCGAAAACUCACGUGUCCUCAUAAAACCCGUUACUGAUGGCUAUGGGAAAUUGGUCAAUGGAGCAGCAGAAAAGAAUGAUGAAAUGACACCCUAUGAGCUGCCGGAUUUGCCUCUUGGUCUUGAGUCUAUUGAUGCUCUUCUUGAUGCCUAUUUUAAAUCUCCUUUGGGUGAGCAAGGUGACCAGCAUUUAACAGAUCAGGCUGCUACUGAUUUUGCCCCUUCAGUGCUAAGCAGUGAGGAGUGCCGCAUUCGAAAAUGUGGGAAGGAAAUGCCUGUCUCUUCACCGGGUCUUUAUCAGCAUGGAACACCAGAUAAGCUUGAAGCUGAAGGAAUGAUGCAACAUGGCAAUUGUGAUCACACCCCACUUCAUUUGAAUGACUUUAGCAAUGAUUACAACCAAACAAUUGAGGACCAGAUGCCAUAUGAUUUCAAGGAGGCCAAUCAACAGCAACAUUGCAUAUCUAGACGUCAUCUUCAAUUUGAAGCUUCAGAAGCUGUAGUGGACUCCAACACUUCAAGUACAUCCCAUGUGGAAUCAACCAAGACCUCCAACAACAAGCAAGUGGUCAACUCCUUCCAGCCCGGUAUUGGGUUACACUUGAACAGAAUUGGUAAUGCUGCUGCAGUCAACUGGCGUCCAAGUGCGCAAAUAGCUAGAAAUGAUUAUUUGAGUGCUCAAGGAGACAAGUCACUGUCUGAGAGUGAUCCUCAUUCACCAAAAGAUUCCAGGGGUAAGUCAGUUCCUUCGAUUGUAGUUUGCAACUUGUCAGCCAAGUUAAGUGAACUGGAUCAGCUGGAAUAUCAAGCUUCAGUGCCAACCUCUGGAAGCUGUAAAAGAGGAUGUAAUUGCAAGGUUUCUGCAUGCCUGUUGAAGUUCUGUACAUGCUAUCAGGCUGGUGUUGGAUGCUCUGAAGCAUGCCAAUGCAAGGGGUGUCAAAAUUCUUUUGGGACUGCUGGUCAAUUUGUUCCUUUCCAAACAAAGCCAGACUCAGGCAAGAAUAAAAGAUCAUGCAGGUGCAAGAUAGCAAGGUGUACCCUGAGGAGCUGUAUGUGCUGUAAGACUGGUUAUGGAUGCACUGAUGAAUGCCGAUGUGAGGGAUGUCAAAAUAUCUAUGGAAGGCGGCCACCAUACAAUGCCAGCCUCAUGCAAUAGCAUGUCUCCAUGAUGAGCAGCAGCAGACCUUUUGGCCUAUGAAAAGUUGCUUGCAGGAAUGAAGAUAAACUGCAGACCUGAAUUCUGCUGUUGAACAUUUAUAUAAUCAUGGCUGUCCAUAUAUACAGUUGUGACAAAUUCUGUUGUUGCAUAUGUUGUAACUGUUUCAGGUGGUCUUUUCUGCUGUUGUAUAUGGUGAUGAUUGUCAAGAAGAAGCCUUUGUAAUUGUUGCAUUUGUUGUGAUUACUGUAUCAGUUCUUCAUGAAAGACCAAAUGUGAAAUAAAAUGGGUCGACCUAUGCAU